AUGUCCAGCUUCCCCCCCGACUCCCACGCCCCAACUCCUCCCAUCCUCCCCCCCAAACCAAGCAGCCAAGAGCCCUCCCGCAUCGGCACUCCAGCCUCCGGCGCCCCUCCGCCUCCGCCGUCCUCCCUCUCCGAAGCGGGGCAGCAGUACCGCGCCGCCGUCAUCCCGGGGGGCAUCCCGUCCGCAACGCCACCUCCCUUACCAUCCGUCGCUCGAGCAGCCGAGAUCCCCGACCCAGGCGACCAGUGGCUGCCCCAAAUCCUCCAAGACAAGUCAAAGCAAGACAUCGCCGACAUCCUCACAAGCCCAGCCCUCCUCAACGCCCUCACAAACUCCCCCGCCUCCAUCCACCCCUCCCUCCUCUCCUCCCACAACUCCCUCGCCGCCUCCCUCUCCUCCAACACCGACCUCGCGUCCCGCCUCGCCGACGCAGAAUCCCGCCUCGCCCGCCAGCGCUCCUCCGCCCAGGCCCAGCUCCUCUCCAUGCACGCCCUCGAGCGCCAGUGGCGCCAGAAACAAGUCGACAUGGACCACGCCCUCGCCCGCUUCAGCCCCGCCGCCCUCUACCAGCUGCUCGCCCAGAGCGUCCAGGAGCAAGGGCUCGUCUGCCAGGCCAUGGAGGAGAGCUUCCUCGACAGCGACGGCGUCGACGGCGGCGAGACGUCUGAGAGGGAGGCCGCCGAGUGGAUACGAAGGUAUAGAGAGGCCAAGACGCAGUUUUAUCUGAGGCAGGAGCGCAAGGAGCGUUGGGACGAGGGCCGCGUAGGUGGCUGGAGGUGA